GUUCUUCCGGAUAAUCACUCAAUUGUUUACAAACAUGAGACGUGUAUGUGUACACGUACAAUGAAGCAGACAAAUAAAAUGCUGAAUACACUAUUAAUUACUUUUCUGUUUUAUAAAGCGGUUUUCAGCAAAAGUGUUAAAGGGCUAUACGGUAAAAAUGACAAUGUUUUCAUUUUAAACUCAAGCAAUUUUGACAGAAAUGUUGUCGGCUCCAAGAGCAUUUGGGUGGUCGAGUUUUAUAACAGCUGGUGCGGUCACUGUAUAAGUUUCGCACCGACGUGGAAAGAGUUUGCUGCCGAAAAGAUAGACUGGUGGCCUGUAGUUCAGAUUGGUGCGGUGAACUGUGCAGCCGAGGAAAACACCAAUCUUUGUCGUCAGUACGAUGUCAGGGGCUUCCCAGUGUUUAAGCUGUUUGCUCCGAUGCACAAGGAAAACUCUACAGUAGAGACGUUCUACGAACAAAACAAGUCAGAAAUAGAGACCAAGAUAGUUGACUUCCUGAGCAGUGAAAGUGUGCUGGCUCCUGAUGACUGGCCUCGACUGUCGCCAAUCAAAUCCAUGGAACAUAUUUGGGAUGAAGCAAAGGAUGAGCAUCACCAUGUGGCGUUUGUGUUUGAGGAUGAGCAGUCCAACAUAGGCACGCAGGUGAUCCUGGACACCCUCAAGUACCGCCCCCUCCUGGUGCGCCGUAUGCUGCACGGGGCCGUGGAGAAGUUUGGGGUCACCACCAUACCAGCCCUCUUCCUCAUCAACAGGGAUGGAACAUUCACCAACCUUGCAAAGACUGACAACUCUCGUGAGAGCAUGGUCAAAGCCCUGACAGGAUUGCUGUCCCCUGCUCAACUAGAAUCUGGCAAGAAGAGUGUAGAAGCUAGAAAGGCAUUCCUGCAAAAAGAACUGCUCAAUAUUUUAGAGAACGAUGAAGACUCACCUGAUACAAAUGAAAACCUGGAAGAUCAAAAAAAGCCUGCUGUGUACAUGAGAGACCUGGAGUCCACCCUUUACUACGCAUUCCGUCAGGAGAUCCCUCUCUGUCAGCAGAUCAGUGAUGUUAGGCUGGCAGCAUUGAAAACUUUUGUGGCAGCCCUUGUUCAGUAUUUCCCGGGGGAACCAGAGCUUGAGGGGUUCCUGGAGAAAUUGUGGGCGUGGCUACAGACCGUGAAGUCAGGGAUCACCGGGGAAGAUUGGCUCAAUAAAAUAGAUCAGCUCCAGACAGUGGACGCCUAUCUGCCGUGCUGUAUAAAGUGGGUGGGUUGUGCAGGCAGCGAGCCACGUUUCCGUGGUUACCCAUGUGGCAUGUGGACGCUCUUCCAUACCCUGACAGUCGGUGCCGCUCAACAUGACAGACAGAACCCGAAAGAAUUGCCAAUAGAUGUACUGGCAGCUAUUGUGGGCUAUAUGAAGCAUUUCUUUGGUUGUGAGACAUGUGUAAAGCAUUUCUUGGGGAUGGCAAAAAAUACAACAUCAGGGGAUCACACCCCAAACGGUGCAGUUCUGUGGUUGUGGCAGGCCCACAACAAGGUCAACGCUAGACUCCAUGGUGAUAAAACCGAAGAUCCAGCGUUUCCAAAGAUACAAUUUCCAUCAAAAAAUUUGUGUCGGGACUGCCAUAUCGGCGUAGGUGAACCCGACAAGAACAGCAUUUUCCACUUUUUACUGAGCUUUUAUGGUCGAUCUGGGAUCAUCGUUGAACCAAGGAACGAGACAGGAACUUCAAGGGAGUUAGGCACGGUAGAAGUUAGUGAAAAUAAAGACUUGGACUGGUGGGAGUUACAUCAGAGAAAAAAAGAUCUGGAUAAAAUACGAGAUUUGCGGAAAAAGAAAAGGUCAAAGGAUGAGGCAAGGAAGGAAAAGAAAUUCGGUGCUUUAGUUGUGGCAAAGCAACCUGAGGGUGAUACAUUUGACAAAGAAGUCCAAUUGGAAGCGCUGUCGUCUGUAUCACAGAGGUACCACUGGGAUUUCUUGGGGUUCUCUAACGUGGACAUGAGUCUCUGUGUGGUUUUCUAUGUGUUAUGUACGCUUGGGAUACUGGCAUUGUAUUACCAUUUUAUAGUGCGUAGAAAAUAUCGUCCAUGUAAAAUUUCAACACACAACAAGUUUUGGUAGCAGUUCAUAACUUGGGAACAUAAUCCGAUUAAGGCUAAAACCUUGGUUUACUUUUUUUGAAUGUAUAAUCCUUGAAUAUAAAAUUACGAAAAUGAAUGUAACAUUUUAAAAUUAAAAUUUAAAAUUUGAGUAAACCAAUGUAGAGGCCCACAUGACUGUGGCAUAAUAUUUUGGUUGUCUGUGUCAUCUUCCAUUUUAUUUAUUUCAAAAUUGAAAGCCUUUCGGCUUAUUUUAGUUCUCUGUAGCUUAAAACAUGUUUGUACACGUACAUUUAAUUAACCAUUAUGCAAUACCAGUGCAUUGUAUUCUAAUUAAAAGACUUGUUGUCUAUAAACUACUUUCAGUUAAAGAUGGAAUCUGGAAUGUUUUUAAUUUAAAUGUAAAAGUAUUUUUUUUUUAUAUUUAAAACGAUUUUUUAUAUUUAUUUUAUAAUUUAGUAAUUUUGUUAAAGUACUUAUUUGUACUUUAACAAUAAGUUCCAAGCCUUUUACAGCUUAUUUUGUUGUUGAACAAUUUAUUCUUGCCAUAGCCUAAUGUUAAUGAUGCUUGUUGCCAAUUUGUGACCAAAGACCUUUUUUUUAAACAACAUUCUGAUAAUUGUGUUUGUUACAGCUGAAUGUCUUAAAGUUUGUUGAUGGAAUUUGUUUAAAUGAUGACAUAUCUUGGUGCAAAUCAAAAUCGAUGUUACAAAACCAGAGGACAAGUUGGAACAUACAACAAUUAUAUGAUUGUUAAACUUAUGCUUUUGUGUUCAGAAAACUUACAUUUGUAUGUAAUGUAACAUUUAAACAAAGGUUUCUUGUUGUGUCAAUAUGUGAGUACAUAAAACCUGGAAUUUUUAGCUCGGCGUUUUCGGAGAAAACCUGAGGUAUUGUCAUAGCUAGCUCGGCGUUUCCAUGUCGUGUCUUCCGCCGUGCUUAAACCUCAAAAUUGCCUCUGAAAUUAAAGUGCUUCCACCUACAACUUUGAAACUUCAUAUGUAGAUGCACCUUGAUGAGUUCUACACUCCACACCCAUUUUGGGGUCACUAGGUCAAAGGUCAAGGUCACUGUGACCUCUAAAAAAACAACAAAAAAACAAAACAAACUUCUGACAAGAUUGAAUUUAUUCAAAACUGAACCCGCAGCCGAGCUUUAGCACCCGUUAUGCGUUGCUCUUGUUAUAUUUAACAGAUACAGGGAGUUUUAUCAUGCUAUUGUGUUUGUAUAUAGUAUUUAUUCAUAUUUUAUUAUUUUAUCUCAUUAACUUACCUUGAGUUAUUCUUAAAACAUGCAUUAGUUCCGUUUAAACCAUACAUGAUUACAAAUUACAUUUGAGUAAACAGUUACAAAAAGGCAGUCAGGGUGGGGUAGGUAGUUUUAUCUAGCAUAGCAGAUACAAAAAUACGUAUAGCAAAUACAAUGUUAUUAUAGAUGCAUUUUGCUAAUUGUAUUACUUGUAUUACUACUUAAAGUACCCCACCUGUGGUAAGAACAUAUAUGUAUUAAUCACAUUGAUUAGUUAUGCCCCCCUUCGAAGAAGAGGGGGUUUAUUGCUUUGCACAUGUCGGUCGGUCAGUCUGUCGGUCGGUCGGUCCGUCCACCAGGUGGUUUCCGGAUGAUAACUCAAGAACGCUUGGGCCUAGGAUCAUGAAAUUUCAUACGUACAUUGAUCAUGACUCGCAGAUGACCCCUAUUGAUUUUGAGGUCACAAGGUCAAAGGUCAAUGUCACGGUGACCCGAAAUAGUAAAAUGGUUUCCGGAUGAUAACUCAAGAACGCUUAGGCCUAGGAUCAUGAAACUUGAUAGGUAGAUUGAUCAUGACUCACAGAUGACCCCUAUUGAUUUUCAUGUCACUAGGUCAAAGGUCAAGGUCACAGUGACCCGAAAUAGUAAAAUGGUUUCCGGAUGAUAACUCAAGAAGGCUUAGGCCUAGGAUCAUGAAACUUAAAAGGUAUAUUGAUCAUGACUUGCAUAUGACCCCUAUUGAUUUUCAGGUCACUAGGUCAAAGGUCAAGGUCACAGUGACCGGAAAUAGUAAAAUGGUUUCCGGAUGAUAACUCAAGAACGCUUAUGCCUAGGAUCAUGAAACUUCGUAGGAAGAUUGAUAAUGGCUGGCAGAUGACCCCUAUUGAUUUUCAGGUCACUAGGUCAAAGGUCAAGGUCACAGUGACCCGAAAUAGUAAGAUGGUUUCCGGAUGAUAACUCAAGAACGCUUAUGGCUAGGAUCAUGAAACUUCAUAGGUUGAUCUUAAUCAUGACUGGCAGAUGACCCCUAUUGAUUUUCAGGUCACUAGGUCAAAGGUUAAGGUCACAGUGACAAAAAACAUAUUCACACAAUGGCUGUCACUACAACGGAGAGCCCAUAUGGGGGGCAUGCAUGUUUUACAAACAGCCCUUGUUUUAACUAAUCUUUCAAAAAGUAUUAUCAUUUGGCCUUUUUUCCAUGUUUUCAUUAUGUACUAACUGAAAACUUUACUCUUCUUUUAAUGCUGAUGUCGCAUUUUACUUAUUUUAAUAUUUUCAAUUCUGAUAUACAUGUAUAUGCUGUGUUUCUAUACUGAAAUAUUGAUUUUCAAAAUCAAUGUUGACAAUACACUGUAAUCUUACAAGUAUCUGUUUGUGUUUAACUGAUGUACAUCUGCAAGUACGUAGAGUGUGUCGUAAUGUGCAGUGGUUGUGUGCUAAUUGAGUCAGUUGAUGUUGGGAAUGUCAAUUGUAGCUGCAAGUACGUAGAGUGUGUCGUAAUGUGCAGUGGUUGUGUGCUAAUGGAGUCAGUUGAUGUUGGGAAUGUCAAUUGUAGCUGCAAGUACGUAGAGUGUGUCGUAAUGUGCAGUGGUUGUGUGCUAAUGGAGUCAGUUGAGGUUGGGAAUGUCAAUUGUAGCUGCAAGUACGUAGAGUGUGUCGUAAUGUGCAGUGGUUGUGUGUUAAUGGAGUUAGUUGAUGUUGGGAAUGUCAAUUGUAGCUGAAAUGGUCUUGGAAAACUGGGCUUAAUGCAUGUGCGUAAAUUGUCCCAGAUAAAUCAGGCACUACACGUAGCCAUUCUAAAAUGAUUUGCGUUAAGAAGAGACUUCCCGUAAACAAAAAAUUUGCGUAAAGCUUUUUGCAUGAAUCCUCUUUCUCCCAGAGCGAGACGUGCUGCUUGGGUUAACAGAGCUGUGAUAUGAACUAGUCAGUUAUAAAUUGAACGGUUUGUUCCACACAUUUUCAUUUAAGUUCAUGGCAUAUAACGUGUUUGUAUGUUUUGUUCACUAAUUGUUUUUGUUUUGUUGUCAAAAAAGAAAAAAUGGUAACUCUGCGUUAAGUGGGACAUUAAGUUCUUUGGAAUUGGUAAGGAUGGGUGUAGUUGGCCAAGUUCUGAGACUUUGUAGCAAACAUUUUACACUCUGUACUUAAAGGUGAAUAGAAUUGGUAAAUAAUGUAAAAUAAUUGUUGGUAUGAGAUUUGUUGUUUUUCAAGAAGUGUCUUUCGUGGACAUGUAAAUGAAUGGAUUUCUGAUUUAAAAAAAAGACACAUUUGUGCCGGUCAUUUUCUGACGUGUUUAUGUUUAAUUUGUGGAUUGGUCAACCCACACAAUCAUGGACAAUUAAUGGUCAACACACACAAUCAUGGACAAUUAAUGGUCAACCCACACAAUCAUGGACAAUUAAUGGUCAACCCACACAAUUAUGGACAAUUAAUGGUCAACCCACACAAUCAUGGACAAUUAAUGACCCAUGAAUUACAAAUGAUUUUUGAGUUAAUUUCAUCAAAUAUUUUCUCACUCUCACAAGAAAUUGUUUAUGCUGCAUUCCAUUGUAAUAACGUCUGGUGACAGACAUUUUCAAUGAUGGAUCAUCUUGAUUCAGAUUAGCAUUUUGGCUAGAUGCAUUUCACAGCAUUCACCAAUAGAUGCAUUUCACAGCAUUCACCAAUAGAUGCAUUUCACAGCAUUCACCAAUAGAUUACACAGCAUUCACCCAUAGCUUAAUUUUGACAACAUAACUCUAUAAUUAAUAAGGAUUUUUUAGUUGUUUGUUCUUUUUCAUCUAUUUUACAGUAAAAUAUGCGAACAUUUCAAUUAGGCCCUGAGACGAACUGUAUUCAUCCUUAUGACAAACUCGGUUUACCUGCAGAUGCAUUUGGAUGGGUAUUAGCCACAUAUUUAUUCCAAUUAACAUGAUUCAAUCCAUAAAUUAUCACUGAAAUUACAAAUAAUAAAUAAUGAAAAACACAAAUGUAUUCGACUGAUGGGCAAGGUGCUCUAAUGUUUGUCUAUAUCUUUCAUAUCACUAAACUUGGAUUCCUGGUAUAAUUUUUAGCUCGGCUGUUUUCGGAGAAAACCCGAGGUAUUGUCAUGGCCAGCUCGUUGUCUGCCGUCCAGCGUCCAAGGUGCUAAAACCUUAACAUUGGCUCUAAAAUCAAAGUGCUUCCACCUACAACUUUGAAACUUCAUAUGUAGAUGCACCUUGAUGAGUUUUACUCGCCACACCCAUUUUUGGAUCAAAGGUCAAGGUCACUGUGACCUCUAAAAAAAUAAAAUUCUGACAAGCUUUCAUUAAUUCAAAACUGCACCCACAGCCAAGUGUUGGCACCCGUUAUACGGUGCUCUUGUUAAGACUGAUUCUAAGCUGUAAUUUUUCGGAUAUUUAAUUGAAAAUAAAAAUCUGUAAAUUGUCUGUUGUGCCAUAGGAAUGAAUGGCUCGUAUUCUUGUCUAGAACAGUUAUAGUGACCAUUAUAAUGCCUCGGUUAAUGAGGAGUUGUGUUAUUUACUGCAUUUACAAUGUUGAAUACUAAAUUAUUGCUUACAGUGUGAACUUGCUCUGAUAUAUUUGUUAUGUGCAGGUUUAUGUUUAGCUGUCAGAUUAUGAAAUACAGCAAUUGACAGAUAUAGUAAACAUUGUUUGUAUGUUUUUAUGCCCCCGGAUCGAAUGAUUGGGGGUAUAUUGUUUUUGGCCUGUCUGUCUGUCAUUCUGUCUGUCAUCAAAACUUUAACCUAAAACUUUAACCUUGGUUUAAGUUUUGCGAUAACUUUUGCAAUAUUGAAGAUAGCAACUUGAUACUUGGCAUGCAUGUGUAUCUCAUGGAACUGCACAUUUUGAGUGGUGAAAGGUCAAGGUCAACGUCAUCCUUCAAGGUCAAAGGUUAAAUGUAUGGCUUCAAAGCGGCGCAAUAGGGGGCAUUGUUUCUGACAAACACAUCUCUUGUUUAUCAGUAGUAUUAUGUUCAGACUUUGAUGUUGUAGUAUUUUAUCAUCAGCUUUAAACCAUUUGUAUGUACAGUUGUUUGUUAAAGUUACGUUGUGCGUUGAAUGCAUAUCUGUUUGGUGUGACUGCAAUACACAUUGAGAUGUUGAUGA